AUGCAUGUAAACACACAUAUAAGCCUUGGAGCACCCUUCCUUUCUUUCUCAACUCUUGAUCAUCGCAUAGAGCAAGAUCCAGAUCUGUUCUUUCCCUCAGAAGCUUUCCAAUUCAGUCCUGAUGAACCAUUAUACGAUUCGGUCUCGCUGGUGGACGGUCAGAUACCUGGUUAUUCAGGGAGCAACAAUGCGUGUUCACAGAGUGGCCUGUUGGAGCAGACAGACUAUUUGGGCAAUACAAUAUACGGCAGCUACAAGAGUGUUAAUACUACGCAAACUCUUGGUACCCUGGACGAGAGUGUUCACCAAGGAACCUCAGGUGCCGGGUAUUCAAGCACUUCCGGGUGUAUCGAUCCCAGUGUGUUAACUCAACACGUACACGAACCUCACUCUUGCUCUCGGCCAUGGCUCGAUCAACACACCAACCAGACCUUAGCCGAAAACUCGCAAUCGCAACUAUCUCCACAACAACCACGCCCUACACAGGGUACAAACGCACGAGCACCAACCAUGCCUAACGAUAUGAGCAUUGAAGCUUACCCAAGCCCUUCGUCAUUGCCAUCUCUCGGCCAACUCACCCCUCAAGUAGCAAGCCCAUCAGCCACAACUCAAAUCGAGUUAGACAUACCAGACGGCAAAGUAGCCAUCAAACCCGUAGGGAUGAGGUUCACAUGUAAGACUUGUAGGAAAUCUAUUCCGAACAGGCGUGCCAAUCUACACAACUGCAAAGCACCUUCCAGAUGCGAGAAGUGCGGACGGUCAAUAAAACUUGCAAAGGAUCUUAAACGUCACAUGGGCUUGAACAACGCAUCGCCUUCGUGUCCUGCACUCAAGAAUGACUCCCUCUGGGCGAGUAGCUUCAUGUGCCUUUGCAGAUCCAAACCCUAUGCUCGAAAAGACAUUUUUGUACGCCACUUACGCACGUCCAAGGCAGAGAACCAUCGUUGUAGGACCUGCAACAAGAACCCUUGUGCUUGCUCAUAA